CAGUGAUUGAAUGGCAAACGACAACAAAUGACUCAAUAAUUGAUUACAUUUUGUCAUUCAAAUCAACACUUAAUCCAAACCAAUAGACCUUUAAUCGAGUGAAACACGUGUUGAGAACUGGUCUCCUAUUGGUUGAGCGACACAAUGGGUCGACGCAAACACGUGUCUAAUAAUUCAUUGUUGAAGAGUGUGUUAAGAAAGUCGCAUAAUUUGUCUCAAGACAUGUCGAAAGCCAAUCGUGUAACUGAUUCCGUGUCAAGAGAUGUGGAGAUACUCUUCGAGUCACUCGUUAGGGACAUACGAUCUCUGGACCAAUACGUGGAUCAAAUAGAGACUGACCAUCUGAUCGGUGCGAUAGAAGAGGUGUUGUUAUUGUCAGCGCCGACACAAAGUGAGGAACAAUCGGUGGACGGUUUGGCGGCAGUGAAUCGCGUCAACGCUAUCACCGGCACAAUAGCCCGACUUCUGCCCCCAAUCCCAACCGAUGGCGACACCGAUUCGUACCGUCCGUUACGGGACGCUCUUCAGCGCUAUAUCGGGGCCACCGCUGGUCUGCCACUCGUCGGCGAGACGCGAGUCGAUGCAAACGUCGAUGAAAGCAGUAGUUGUGGUGAUCCGGACAACGAUAGGGCCCCCACUGCGAGCCCACAGUCCGAUCACAACACCGGUGACAGCCUUUCGGCAAAUUGACCGACGAGUUCCUCAUCGGCCGAUACCACUGGUCUGUCGUUAACCGAUGAACACAUUGACAGCGGUUCUCAUUCGGACGCUUCAUCCCAUCGAUGUUCCAGUCAGUCGUCCACUCAUUGAUCUGUUUUUGUUUUUAUACACAUUUUUGGGCAAAUAUUAAAGGAUUAUGUAAUGAAUGUGUCAUUAAUUAGAAUAUUGUUUGUAUUUUGUGUCCAAAAAUCGGUGAAUAAAUGAAUUGAAAGAAAA